CACACUCCGCCUCAGAGACCUGUAAGCUUUCGCCGCGCUUCGCACUCUCCAGCCCCCGGGAUUUUGACUGCUGCUCGAUGAAAGACAAACUAUCUCCUCGACCACGACGCAUCUCGAUCACCAUUAUCUAGCAUUAUUCCCUCAUCCACCUCCCGCACGACUGAAACCACGCGCAUGUCCCCGCUCUCUCAACAGCGAAAAGACCUCUGGGAACACCGUUUCUCGAGCCUAGGGCAUUACAUCAGGACACACCUUAACUUUUACCGCGUUCACAUCUUGUUCUUCACAUUCGCCCCCCUUAUCGCCUCCGGCAUAUUCUAUGCCAGCAACGGAGAACAUCACAUCAGCUACAUAGAUGCGCUCUACAACUGUGUCAGCGCCGUCACUGUUUGCGGCUUGGCCACUAUCGAUCUCAGCAGUCUCACACCAUGGCAGCAAGUCAUCUUGUUCAUUCUGAUGUGCAUGGGCAGCCCAGUGGUUGUCUCCUGGGUAAUGGUCUACGUUCGUCGUGAAUUCUUCGCCAGCAAGUUCCGUCAUGUCGUCGAGACCGAGCUUGCGCGACGGGUAGCAAACAAGGUUGAUGCGCCGGUGGAGAUUCACCUCGUGCCAUGGUGGAAGAGGGCAACUCGAGUCUUGACUGGCAGGAAUCUGUCGACGAUCCCAGAAGCGACUAGCAGUACCGGUAGCACUACGCGGGAGCGCGAGCUGGACAAAGACAAGGAACGGAACCAUGCGGCUGUGAAUCGCUUACGGCCAGAGAUGAUUCGGCGCAUGAACGACGCUCCAAAACUCAUCAAUCCCAGCGGAUAUAUCAGUGAGGGACAUACUCCUGAAAUACCAUCUGCGGGACUCCCGGACCCUCCACAUCCACUGUCGCUUGGGACCUCGGAGUUCGAAGUACUGGCAGAAGAUACGUUGCAGGAGACGAAGGAAGAAGCUCGGAGACAGUUGAACCAUUCCAGUAUAUCUUGUUCAGAGGAUAGCAUUGACCGAGAAAAGGGGAAGCAUGAGUUGCAAGGAUCGCCCUCCAAGAACAACGCCCCGACUUCCGGGCAAACGUUCAUGCCAAGAAUCCGGCAGAACACGGGUGAGGACGGUUUACCUCACACUCAGACCAUCGAGUUCGCUUUGGGCCCGCGACCAGACCGGGACCAGAACGAACAGGGAACGGAUCCUCUCGCACCGACCGAGUUUCGUUUUCCCAACCCUUCCUCGCCACGCAUGCGCAGAACCUCGUUGCCCCGCAUUGGUACGUUGCCGCACACGGCGACCAUGCCCCGCACGGGGACCCUACCGCGGACCGCAACGACACAUACAUACCGUUCGAUGCGAACGAAGCACCGCGGCUUCGGUGGGUUCCCGAUGCCGGACCAGAUUGUGUCGCGCGUCAUGAACUACUUCUUUCCGGGUCUUCGACGACAGCUGACGAGGACACUCACGGUGCCACGCACACAAACAAUCGUCUCACAGCGCGCAGGGAGCGUGGUUGGGCCCGACGUGCGCGCUGUGCCAUAUAUAUCCUUCGAGGCGGUGGUUGGCCGUAACUCGGCAUUUCAGCAGCUUACGAGAGACCAGAUCGAGGAACUGGGCGGUGUAGAGUAUCGCGCACUGACUGCACUGCUUUGGAUAGUUGGCGGAUAUCACAUACUAUCCCAACUUCUCGCUUUCACGGUUAUUGCGCCGUACAUGUCGCUAUCUAGGUGGCACUCUGACUUUGUGCCCCCGGCAGAGCACCGACCCGUCUCUUCUACAUGGUUCUCGUUGUUUCAAGUCGUCUCCUCGUAUACCAACACCGGCAUGUCGCUAGUUGAUCAAUCAAUGGUCCCAUUCCAAACAGCAUAUCCUAUGAUUUUAUUCAUGGUCUUCCUGAUUUUUGCCGGAAACACAACAUUUCCUAUAUUUCUACGUUUCACGAUUUGGAUAAUAUCAAAACUAGUUCCGCACAAUUCGCGCUUAAGCGAAACUAUACACUUUCUCCUCGAUCACCCUCGCCGUUGCUUCAUAUAUCUUUUCCCGUCGCACCAGACAUGGUUUCUCCUUAGUGUGGUUCUAGCUCUCAACCUAACAGACUGGUUCUUCUUCUUGGUGCUAGACUUGGGUAACCCCGCCGUGACGGUAGUUCCGACCGGCGUCCGGGUCAUCAUAGGCCUACUUCAGGCCGCUGCUGUCCGCUGCGCCGGUUUCGCAGCAGUAUCUCUCUCCGCUCUGGCCCCUGCAGUCAAGGUGCUAUAUGUCCUCAUGAUGUAUGUUUCCGUCUACCCCAUCGCGAUGAGUGUCCGGUCGACAAAUGUCUAUGAGGAGAAGUCGCUCGGUGUCUUCGAAGAUGACGAUGCCUCCAUUGGCGAAGAGGGCUUCACGCCGACUGGACACCGCGCUACGAUAUGGAGUCGCUACCUCGCGAUGCAUAUGCGCAAGCAGCUCUCCUUUGACAUGUGGUGGCUUGGCCUUGCUCUGUUCCUUGUGUGCAUUGUCGAGAAGGACAAUCUGGAAAAUCCGGAUAAUCUGAGUUGGUUCACCAUUUUCACCAUUGUGUUCGAGUUGGUAUCCGCCUACGGUUCUGUAGGCCUCUCACUUGGCCUGCCAUACGCCAACUACUCCUUCUCUGGCGCCCUCAGGCCCCUCUCCAAGCUCAUCGUCUGCGCCGUUAUGCUCCGAGGCCGGCACCGCGGGCUGCCUGUUGCCAUUGACCGUGCAGUGAUGCUGCCCUUCGAGUUCCGCGCCUCAGACAUGCACGACGAGGAACCACAGGAUGUGGCAUCGCCGCGCCGGAAUUCGCAAGACUCGCCGUACGCGAACGGGACGCACAACGACACGGGAAACCCGCCAUUCGAGAAGCUCCAGCGCCGCUCGUGGCACACUGCGAGCCCCGACAGCGCGCAGCUCCGCCGGCCGACCAGCAAGGACACCCAGCUGGAUGCACACUGAGUACCUUGGUCCCUGUAUUAUGUUUCUAUCCCUAUCGCUAUUAGCUACGGACUCUCACGAUUUUAUAUCCCAUCAAGUAACUGUACCAACACUAUCAUCCUCCAUCAUCGUACUGUUUUAUCACUAACAUGACGCAAAGAUAGAUGCCGUUUCUAUCUGCUUGUGACUGGAUUGGUACCUGAUUGGCUUAGGGUUAAUCGUUAGACGUUAGACAUUUAGUAUCGCCCGUUUUGCAAGUAUUGUGGCAACCAGCUACUCCGUGGAUCAGCUAAUUAGCCUCCCUCAUAUGAACUCUACGUGCUAAUAAUUAUUCGUCGCUCGCGCCCGUCUGUCGUCGACACACUAUGGCGAGUUGUUACGUCUUGGAGUCGUCUAUUCACAAUAUCCACCGCAGUACAUACAUUCCGACGUCCUAGGAUCCACGGUCACGCACACCGAUGACGAUAGAUCCG